AUGAACAACAUGCUGAAUGAGACUCAGUGUUGUUUGGUCCUCCAGCAGCGUAAUGUCCAGGGAGGGCUGAACAACAACAUCAACAACAUGCUCCCUCUGCUCAUCGCCUGUGUGUGUUGUGUGUGUGUUUUGUGUGAGUGUGAGUGUGUUGUGUGUGUGUGUGUGUGUGUGUGUUUUGUGUGUGUGUGUUGUGUGUGUGUGUGUGUGUUGUGUGUGUGUGUGUUUGUUUGUGUGUUGUAUGUGUGUGUGUUGUGUGUGUGUGUGUGUGUUGUGUGUGUGUGUGCCCAGCAUAAUGCCGAGGGCUGAACAACAUGCUCCCAUCUCCUCUCACUCUAUCACACACUCAGACCUUACGCCCCUUCAAUGGAGGCAACCAGCCUCUCUCUCUCUCUCUCUCUCUCUCUCUCACACUCCCUUCCUCCCACUCUCUCACACGCCUGGUCCUGGUUGGCACGCCCCCUGUCAUGUCUCAGGGCUGAGAAAGCAGUCUAUUGACUCUGAUUUAGUGCCAGUGUCAUGCUGUCCCCUUUGUGAGCUGCUGACAUUCAGUGAAUGGGAAUCAGAAUAAUCCCACCUCCCCCUCCCUCCUCCUCCCUCCCCCUUCUUCCUUCCUCCUCCAGUCUAGGGGCUGGGCUAUGCUUCAGUCUAGGGGCUGUGGUAUGAGGGGCCAGUAUUUGGGACUUGGUGCUGAGGAGGGGGGGGGGGGGGGGGGGCUAGAGGAGGUGGUGGGUUUGUGAGUUGUGGCUGUGUGGCGAGGGGCAGCGUUGUGUGGCUGGGGGGGUUAACUGGGGGCUGGGGGCUGGGGGCAGGGUGGUGGCUCUGGAGGAUUGAGAGAGUUUCUCUGCCACAUGUCUGUGAGUGAUGGAGCUGCCUGUUUGUUUAGCCUGUUCUCACAGGGACAUAGCUGCUGUCACACAGGGGAACUAACGAGAGAGAGAGAGAGAGAGAGAGAGAGAGAGAGAGAGAGAGAGAGAGAGAGAGACAGAGACAGAGAGAGAGAGAGACAGAGAGAGCAAGGCAAAUGUCAAAUUGGCUUUUUACCAAAUUACCGUACGACAGACCACGUAUUCACCCUGCACACCCUAACUGACAAACAAACAAACCAAAACAAAGGCAAAGUCUUCUCAUGCUUUGUUGAUUUAAAAAAAUAUUUUGACUCAAUUUGGCAUGAGGGUCUGCUAUACAAAUUGAUGGAAAUUGGUGUUGGGGGAAAAACAUACGACAUCAUAAAAUCAAUGUUCACAAACAACAAGUGUGCGGUUAAAGUUGGCAAAAAACACACACAUUUCUUUUCACAGGGCCGUGGGGUGAAACAGUGAUGCACAGUGAUGCAGCUUAAUUCCCACCCUCUUCAACAUAUAUAUCUAUGAAUUGGCGAGGGCACUAGAACAGUCUGCAGCACCCGGCCUCACCCUACUAGAAUCUGAAGUCAAAUGUCUACUGUUUGCUGAUGAUCUGGUGCUUCUGUCCCCAACCAAGGAGGGCCUACAGCAGCACCUAGAUCUUCUGCACAGAUUCUGUCAGACCUGGGCCCUGACAGUAAAUCUCAGUAAGACAAAAAUAAUGACGUUCCAAAAAAGGUCCAGUUGCCAGGCCCACAAAUACAAAUUCCAUCUAGACACCGUUGCCCUAGAGCACACAAAAAACGAUACAUACCUCGGCUCCUGACAGUUUCAUUCUUUGGGACGCAUCGAAAGCCUAUUUGAGGGGACAGAUCAUUGCCUAUACUAAAGGGUUGAAGAGGAAACACGGUGCCGAACUGAAUGUCCUUGAAGCUGAAAUCUCUGAGCUAGAGAAAACCUACCAGAGGUCCGAUGAAAGACCCAUACAGGAUUUUGGUAAACAAAAAAACGGAAAUAUAAUACUCUGAACACGUAUCAAUCUGAGAGGGCCAUCACUAAAUCAAAACAGCGUUACUACGAGCUUGAAGAGAAAGCACACAAAGUGUUGACAUGGCAACUAAAAGCAGAGGAAAGUAAGAGGCCAAUUAAUGCUAUAGAAACUCUUACUAACGAGAUAUCUUUCGACCCUACUGAAAUCAAUGAUACUUUUAAGAAAUAUUACGAGGACCUCUAUACUUCCCAAUCAAGCGAUGAUCUAUCAGAGAUCAACUCUUUUCUCUCCUGUCUCAACCUCCAAUGCCUGUCAGAGGAAGACAGAGAGCGACUGAGUUAACAGUUCUGUCUCCCGUGCCUGUCAGAGGAGGACAGAGAGCACCUGAGAGAACAGUUCUCAGUCCCUGAAUUGUUGGAGGCCAUUAAAUCCUUACCUUCUAAUAAAUCUCCUGUGGAGGAUGGCUUCCCUGCAGAGUUCUAUAAAGAAUUUAAGGAGCUGUUUGCACCCUACCUUUAGGAGGUACUUAACAAAGCCGGGGAGGACAACCACUUUCCAGAGUCUUUCUAUCAAGCGGUGAUUACAGUAAUUCACAAGAAAUGGAAAAAACCCGCUAAAGUGCUCCUCCUAUAGACCAAUCUCUCUCCUUAAUACGGAAAGUAAACUGGUCACCAAGAUGCUCUCUGAGAGACUGGAGUCAUGUCUCCCACUGUCCUACCCCCUCUCUGAGAGACUGGAGUCAUGUCUCCCACUGUCCUACCCCCUCUCUGAGAGACUGGAGUCAUGUCUCCCACUGUCCUACCCCGUCUCCGAGAGACUGGAGUCAUGUCUCCCACUGUCCUACCCCGUCUCUGAGAGACUGGAGUCAUGUCUCCCACUGUCCUACCCCGUCUCUGAGAGACUGGAGUCAUGUCUCCCACUGUCCUACCCCGUCUCUGAGAGACUGGAGUCAUGUCUCCCACUGUCCUACCCCCGUCUCUGAGAGACUGGAGUCAUGUCUCCCACUGUCCUACCCCGCCUGAAGACGGCGCUCCCGUCUACCCCGUCUCUGAGAGACUGGAGUCAUGUCUCCCACUGUCCUACCCCGUCUCUGAGAGACUGGAGUCAUGUCUCCCACUGUCCUACCCCGUCUCUGGGAGACUGGAGUCAUGUCUCCCACUGUCCUACCCCCUCUCUGAGAGACUGGAGUCAUGUCUCCCACUGUCCUACCCCCUCUCUGAGAGACUGGAGUCAUGUCUCCCACUGUCCUACCCCCUCUCUGAGAGACUGGAGUCAUGUCUCCCACUGUCCUACCCCCUCUCUGAGAGACUGGAGUCAUGUUUACCACUGUCCUACCCCGUCUCCGAGAGACUGGAGUCAUGUUUACCACUGUUGGUCAGAUCAGACUGGCUUCACAAUUAAUAGAUUGUCCUCCAAAAAUCUCAGAAGGUUCUUUGAUAUAAUUCACCUUGCUAACAAAAAACAAAAUACCUAAUGUCGCAGUCUCCCUCGACGCCGAAAAGGCCUUUGAUAGGGUCGAAUGGCCAUACCUCUUUUGCGUCUAGGAAAAGUUUGGUUUAGGCACCGUGUUUGUACAUUUGAUCAAAUCACUCUACAAAUCUCCUACAGCUGGGAUUGCUACCAAUGGGAUUACUUCCUCCUCUUUCCCUCUCUAUAGGGGGAACAGACAAGGUUGCCCAAUUAGCCCCCACCUCUUCGCCCUCGCCAUCGAACCAUUGGCCGAGACCAUUAGAACGUGGCUUUGAGGUGGGCCCCCCAUACCCAUAAGUUAUCACUUUUUUGCGGACGUCCUUAUCUUAUUUCAAACGGACCCAGAAACAUCCCCUCUCUCACGUACAUAACCUACUACAGUAUUAUAGUUAUUUCUCUGGAUAUAAGGUUAAUUUUGAUAAAAGCGAAAUCUUACCGUUGUCUGUCUUUGACCAUCAUACCAUCAAGCAUAAGUUUCCUUUUAGAUGGUCGCCAAUGGGCUUCACAUAUUUGGGCAUAAUGGUGGAUGGUAACCUGAGCAACCUCUAUGAACUCAAUCUGGCCGGCUUGUUGCAAAAGGUGGAGGGUGACCUGUGCAACCUCUAUAAACUCAAUCUGGCCAGCUUGUUGCAAAAGGUGGAGGGUGACCUGAGUAAAUGGCUGGACUUGCCUCUCACUCUACUGGGUAGAAUGAAUGUCAUUAAAAUGAAUGUCCUGCCCAGAUUUCUAUAUUUGUCUCAAUCUCUCCCCAUCACUGUGCCCGCAGCAUUCUUUUCCUCUCUCGACAAGCUGACCAGACGGUUUAUCUGGCACGGCAAAACUCCUAGGGUUAGCCUGGACAAACUGACCCUUGAUUACGGUCAAAGGGGGCUUAAACCUCCCCAAUUUCAGAAUGUACUACUGGGCUGCGCAGUCUAGAUUUCUGGCUCAGUGGUUUGACAACGGUCCUCCUCCCUCAUGGUUGAACGUGGAAACGUUUGAGGUACACGAGGACACUGGGGCAGGAAUUGUUUUACAGAUGGGACAUGAAAUCUAUAAAAACUAUCACAGACAACCCUUUAAUUAUACAUUCUGUCCUGACAUGGAGCAAACUGCAGCAUGAGCUGUUCAGACGAGAGGGAUUUAUUUCCCCUAAAACCCCUCUAUGGAACAAUAGAUUGAUCCCUAUGUUUUUCCAGAAUAGUACCAUUAGACUGUGGUCUGAGAAGGGCAUCACUCUUCUGGAACAUUCUUAUGAGGAGGGAAUUCUUAUGUCCUUCGAACAGCUGAAACAGAAAUACCACUUGUCUAACAAAGACUUCUUUAGUUACCUGCAACUAUGGCAUGUUAUUAAGGUGAAUCUCAAGGGCCAAAGGAACCUACCUAAUAUGUCACCUAUUGAACAACUCUGCCAUGCUGACCGACCACUGUUCAAGACCAUUUCCUGUGUUUACAAUGCUCGUACGUCAGGACCUGAACUAGAUAAAUCCAGACUUAGAUGGGAAAAAGAUCUGGGUAUUAAUCUUGAUGAGGGACUAUGGAGUGACCUAUGCAGGGAUGGGGUUACUUCCACAUUGAACUCCAGAUACAGACUGAUCCAGUUUAACUUCCUCCAUCAGCUCUGUAUCACCCCAUCUAGA